UCUUGGCAGUUAAACCUGGCGAGGAAAAUCCCUGUUUGUGGUGCUUUGAAAGGGCCGGUGUUUCCUGCUUUGGGGGUGGAUUUAAACCCGCCCUGAACUCAGAGCUUUCCAAGGGAUUCUCUGCCCUGCUCUCCCUGACCAAAUCCAUUAAAGGGAAGGGGAAAGUUUCUUCAUGAACACAACAAAUCAAAUUUACUGCCAUCUCCCUUGGAGGGUUUACCUCCAUCCCAGAAAGAUGACUUGCUCCAGCCUGUGCUAUCCAGAAUGCGGAGUGGCCCGGCCCUGUCCGGUCACUGGUACCUGCAACGAGCCGUGCGUUAGGCAGUGCCAAGACUCCGAAGUGGUGAUCAGACCCUCACCGGUUGUCGUGACCCUCCCAGGACCCAUUCUCAGCAAUUUCCCUCAAUACAGUGCAGUGGGAGCUGUAGGAGCACCUGUGGUCGGACCCGGUUACGGAGGCUCAUUCGGUUGGGGGGGCUAUGGAGGCCAUUAUGGAGGAUUGUAUGGUUUAGGGGGAUACGGCGGUUAUGGCGGCCAUUACGGUUAUGGGGGAUUAUGUGGUUAUGGGGGACACUGCGGUUACCUAGGCGGUUAUGGUUAUGGGGGAUUAUGUGGUUCUGGGGUAUCUUGCCAUAGGUACCUCAGUGGAAACUGUGGGCCAUGCUAAACCCAGCAGGAACAUCCACGGAAGAAGGAAGAACCAGGAAAUGAACAGCCAGAUUCAGAUUCACCCCUUACCUUUUGGGCAUGGCUUUCAGAAGUGCUUGGCAAACAGGGCUCCAGCUGAACUCAGUGGGAGCUGUGUGUGCUCAGCACCUUGGGCUGACAGCCAUGCUGUCUUUCUAAUGUUACGCUUUAUGACUCUUUCUGCCAAGGCUUUCCCACCCGUGUGCUGAUUCUCUUGUUGACCUGUGGACUCAUUCUGAAUUACACGCAGGCUGUUUACACUAACCCCGCUGUGUAAAGGAAACAGGGGCCUUAAGACAGAUACUGGUUACAUUUAUUAUUAGUUUAAGUCCCAUUAGAGGGGAAAAAGAGACUUUGGUGUCAAGGAGAAUUAAGCCCCACAUGUUCUAUCCUUUCCAUCAAGACGUAUCUUUAGCAGCUCACUUUGACCUUUUCUGAGGCCGACAUAUAGGGAGAAGUUGCCUAAUUCUCUGCUUUUAUUUUGUUUUGUCUCAUUUCCCAACCACUGGGGUAAAACAAGGACCUUAAAAUGGUUGUAAAGGGGAUUUGUUUGUCAACCUCUGCAGCUGCACGAAUGCAAGCAGAACAUCUUGUCUGAAAAACACCCAUUGAGGCCUGCGAUCGGUCAUGGCCCUUCUUGAAACACUGGAAAUACAUUCUUUCUGCUCUGUAGUAUUACUUCCUG